UCCGUUCCUUCCACUCAUUUUCACCAUAUCAUCCUCUUAUCCGCGGCACCUACGUAGAUGGGGGCAGAGUUGUUCCUGCCGGGAGGGGGCAGCGGCAAGGUCUCCGCCGCGGCAGCAUCGAGCGCCCUCGCCGGGUCCUCGCUGGGAAAUGGACGCUGCCUGGCAGUAGCUAGCCAUCAGCGGCGCGGCCGGCAGCGUGGUUCCAUGUGGCAAUGGCGGCAUAGUCGCACCGCCACCGGUCAGAGACAACAACACCAACGCUGCUGUGCCAUCCCGGAGUUGUGGAGAGGAGACGCGGAUGACGGGAAGGUGGGAUUCGAGAAGGAGAUCCUGAAACCUGGCACCGGCCCCAAGCCCGUCAAGGGCCAGAAGGUCACCGUCCACUGCACCGGCUACGGGAAGGAUGGUGAUCUGUCUCAGAAGUUCUGGAGUACCAAGGAUAAGGGGCAGCAGGAAUUCACUUUCACCAUUGGCAUGGGCUCAGUGAUCAAAGGAUGGGAUGAGGGAGUUCUGACCAUGCAAGUGGGCGAAGUUGCUCGUAUUACGUGCACCCCAGAUUACGGAUAUGGAGCCAGUGGCUUUCCAGCCUGGGGAAUUCGACCAAAUUCCGAGCUAGUAUUCGAGAUAGAGGUUCUCAGCGCCAAAUCUUGGUAGCAAUUAAGUUGGGUAGACCUUUGGAACCUACAAAACUAAACGUUGGUGUGAAGUGCUACAUUGGGGUGAUGAUUUAAGCUAAUUGGGUAGACAUUUGGAACCUUGUAGUUUGUCAUCUUGGUAGCAAGUUUCUGAUGCCCAUACCACAAAACUAAACGUUGGUGUGAAGUGUGGAGGAAUUCGGCUAUUUGCUCUUUCAA